CGCAGAUCCUGCUCUUCGAGCUGGCCUCGGAGUCGGAUCAACGUGUGCAGAGCAACAAGCGGCGGAAACUGAAUAAGCAGGUUGAGCUCGGCUCGCCGGAGGAGGCGGAAGAAGCCGUCCAGCGGCAGAGGAAGCGAGAAAAGAAGAAGCAGCGUUCCCGGGCGUUCGUUGAAUGGCCCUUCAGCUCGAUCGCCUCAUGUUGUCCACUGGAGGGUGAGCCGUUGCGGUAUCUGCUAGGAGAUGUAUCCGGUCGACUUGCGAUGCUUUCGCUCCACGAUGUACCCUCAGCCGGCCUGGUCCUGAUACCUCUUGGGCUUACAUCCCCUCCGACGACGUUAACGUACUUGAACGAUCAGAUGCUAUUCGUCGGAUCGCAUGCAGGAGACUCUCAGUUGGUCCAAAUCCAUAGCUCGCCGGUCUCUUCAUUGAGCCUUCCGACGUUGCCUAUCCCACCCGAAAUCGCUUCUGUUCCUGCAGCACGGCUGACGCCUGCCUCGAGCAAAGGCAAAGGGCGCGAGAAUCCUCCAAAAAACUGUGUGCUAGAGUCGCAAGGAUCGUAUCUUCGAGUCGUUGAAUCGUUCAAGAACAUUGCACCCAUUCUCGAUGCCGUGUUGGUGGACACUGAAAAGAGUGGCCACGUGCGUCGAUUUCCUUCCACUUUCUACCGCUUCUGAUGGACAAUUCCAGCACAAAAUCGUCACAUGCUCUGGCGGGUACAGCACUGGAUCAAUCAAUGUCGU